CUGCUUUUAUGAAGAGAAAUCAGCUGAUAAUAAAAUACAAAAACCAAAAAUUAACCUAAAAAAACUAAACUAUGUCAGAUGAACUUUAAACAAUGUAUAAAUAUUUACAGAAUUCCCUUAUUGUGGAAUUUUGUUUAAUUUUUAACUCUCAUCAUUCUUAGAAUAUUUCUUGUUACAUUAAGUUUAACAAAAAUCUUAAAUUUCUAUUUCUUUAUUGCGAAAUGGAGACUGAUCGCUCUUCAUUUUGUGGGUGCAAAGGAAUUAGAACUUGCAUCAAAUGUGAGAAAGAAUAUUCUAUUCUAAAACCUGAAUUUGAUUUCAGUCAGUACGAAGCGAGCUACGUCUAUUGCUGUUUCUGUAACAAAGCCUGGGAAGGCAGUGAUGAUGCCGAACAUGAAAAACACCCAAACCACAGUGGAAAAUCAAUAGAAUUUCCAGGCGUAUUUAUCCAAUUGGAUUUCAUUUCUCAGAAAGAAUGCGAUGAACUAAUGAACGAUCUGGACUUGUUACCAUGGGAUACUUCUCAGAGUGGAAGAAGGAAACAGAAUUUCGGGCCGAAAUGCAACUUCAAGAAACGAAAACUGCGAGCCGGCAACUUCAGUGGCUUCCCGGCGGCGACUCGCUUCAUCCAGGAUCGAUUCUCCAAAGUCGAUCUUCUCGAAAACUUCCAAACUAUCGAACAGUGCUCGCUGGAAUACGACAGUGCGCGAGGCUCGUCAAUCGAUGCCCACAUCGACGACUGCUGGAUUUGGGGCGAGCGAAUUGUCACUGUCAAUCUGAUCGGCGAUUCGGUUCUUUCAAUGGUUCCUUACCGCGGUACCAACACUAAAUACAACCUCAUUGACGCUCCACAUCCUUUCAACGAGGUUCCACUGUUGGACCCUCCGAAUAUUGUGGUCAGGAUUCCUAUGCCUUCUAGAUCGCUGCUUGUUUUAUAUGGGGAGGCGAGGUAUUGGUGGCUACACCUGAUUCCUAGACAUGAUAUCAGCGGUAGGAGGGUGUGUUUAGCUUACAGGGAGUUUACUGAACCGUACUUAGAAGGUGGCAAAUUUGAAGGAGAAGGUGAUAGUAUUCGAGAGAGAAUAAAGUUCUAAUUGUGAUAA